UUACUUUCUUCUUUCCAUUCUCCUUUCUUCUACCUUCUUCUACCUUUCGCCGCGGGCUUUCUCCGCCGCCAUGUUCGGUCGAAACUCCACCCAUAUGCUUCUCCGAUGGUAGCCUUCGUCUCACUUCACCGGUCAAAACAUUGGUCUCUAUUUUCCGGUUGCAAAAAGUAAUAGCAAAAAAAUAAUUUGGGAUGAUUGGAACCAUACAGACCUAGUUAUAGGUAUUUAGGAUACAAAUAUGGAGCCUCAGUAGGAAUACAGAAAGGGAAUGGCGAAGACACUGGCUGCACAAAAUGAACUAUGCUAGGGUUGUCUGUGAAAGGGGGAUUUUCCUUAUUUUACAGCUCUGAAUAUUAAUUAAGGCGUGUAAUCUGAAGUACCUUGAGUGCUAAUUUGGAUUUGGAGCGAAAUGUCGAAGGGGGUGAUGAUGAUAACUCGCAGUAAGCAAAUCAUGGCAGCAGAAAACCUCCCAUGGCGACAAAAAAUGUUUGCAUUACUCUCUAUGAAUAACUCAUUCCCUAAUUCAACAGCCUCAUAUUCAUCUUCCUCGGCCUCCUCUAGAAAAUCUGCCUCACUGCACAACUACUACAUUAGGAAGAGGAGAAAAUGGCCGAUUCGGGGAUAUCAACACCAUUUGGUCGAAUCUCUUACCUUUCAGCUAGCUAAAAGGUCCUUCAAGCAAUCUAUAAGAAAAUCCAGAACCAAUCUUCUUUCCAAUCUAAUUAACUCUUUUGCUGCCUAUGAAAUCGAACUCUCCCCCCAAUCGUAUAGGUUUCUUUUCAAGGUGUUGAUUCAAAAUCCGCCCCCAAAUUGGAGUGAACAGAUCCGGAAAAUUCUCGAUCACAUUGAAAACAUUGAGAGCUUUGAAACGCCAGAAGGUAUAUUCAUUGAUUUGAUCAAGUUGUAUGGUGAUAAUGAUAUGCUGGAUGAUGCUUUGGGUCUGUUCUUUAGAAUGCAAAGGUAUAGGUGUGAGCCGUCUGUGCUGUCAUUGAAUUCGAUGCUUUCAAUUCUAUGCGGGAAUCUAAGUGGUCUCAAGAUUGUUCCUCAGGUAUUGAUCAAGAGUCGGGAGAUGAAGAUCAGGAUCGAAGAUUCUAGUUAUGCGAUUUUGAUUCGAGCCCUUUGCAAACUAGGGAAAUUCAGUAAUGCUCUUAUCCUGUUGAAUCAUAUGGUUGAGGAAGGGUUUUCUGUAGAUCGCAUAUCUUGUUCUUUGAUGCUGGCAACAAUAUGCAGGCAUGCAGACUGUAAGGAUGACAAAAUUAUGCGUGUUUUGGAGGAGUUAAUAAGGUUGGGAUUUGAACCAAGAAAAUGUGAUUUUCGAAACGUCAUUCGGUUUUUGGUGAGAAAAGGAAAGGGUUUGGAUGCUCUGAAAUUGCUGAAACAGAUGAAGAUGAAGGGCAUCAAGCCGGAUGUAAUGUGUUACAGUUUGUUGCUUGAUGGGCUGAUUCAAAAUAGGGAAUUUCCGAGAGCAGACAAAGUAUUCGAUGAAUUGCUUGUUUUAGGACUGGUACCUAAUGUCUAUACAUACAAUGUCUACAUUAAUGGCUUGUGUAUGCAAGAAAAGAUAGAGGAAGGAAUUGAAAUGCAGAUAUCGAUGGAGGAGUUGGGGUGCCCGCCGGACUUGAAUACCUACAAUACAAUAUUGAGGGCAUUGUGCGACACUGGAGAUCUGAGUAGAAUGGAAGAGAUGGUGAAUAAAAUCAAGCAGAAAGCUUUGAAGUUGAAUUCGUAUACGUACGACAUACUGAUUGAUGGCUCUGUUUGUAAAAGGGAUGUACAUGGAGCUUGCAGUUUGUUUAAUCGGAUGUUGGAUGAGAACAUUGUUCCUCUGCCAGCUACUGUGGAUAAAGUAAUAGGCUUUCUGUGGGGGAAUGCUUUGUCUUCGAAAGCAGUUGAAUUGCUCGAAGAAAUGGUUGGGAAGGGUGUUGCACCCGGGGCAAGAACAUGGUGGUUACUGAUUCGUGGCCAUGGUGUGGCACUCGAUGUUGAGAAGAUCGAUGAAUUGGCUGAAGUUUAAAGAUGAUUUUGGCUUUACCCAUUCAUUGCUUAGGCAAGUUUUAGUUUUAUAUUUUAUAUUCUUCAGGUAACAAAUGGGUGCAGAGGGCAGAGGUGAAUCAUUGCGCCGGUGGCAGAUUGUAUGAAAUGGCUCUGUCCAUCUGGUUCAAUCCGUGGCAAGCUGCCUCUCCUUUGUGUGGCCGCUUGCCAGCGGUUCUCCGAAAUUUCCAAUCAGAAGCCGCUCUGGAAGCAUUACACAAGGCAUUGGAGAACAAAACGCCAAACCUGGUGUUGUACUAUUACCCCUCAUUCUCCGGAGCUUAUGCAGCACUCUUUGCCCACCUCUACCACUCCCGGCUAAACAUCCCUUGCGUCAUAUUGCCUUUCUCUUCCAUCAUACCCCUCAGGGUUGAGAACUUAUGCAUCGAAGGACUGGAGACAUGUUACUUUCUAGAUUUCGUAGAGGUCAUCCAAGAUCAUUGGAUUUGAUCACCAAAAAUCUACACUUUCUCGAAUUUCCACAAGGGGAGAUGUGAUGCUAACAUUACAUUCAACGUGAACACUGACAAGAGUAGCUGCACUGCUGCAGAUAUUUACUUCUCUGCAAAACCUACAGAGAACAAUUUUGAAAAUGAUAAUAGCAUGAGCCUACUCGACCACAAAGACUGAGAGCGGGUGGAGACAAUUCUCAAGUACAUUGAAGAUGGAGAUCUUCGCAAGUGGAGUUUACCUGAUACCAAAGCAUUUAAUAUUGGAAAGAGAGUGGCACUCGAACGUGUACUGCAUCACUAAUUCGUUCAUGUAUGACCAGCUGUUGAAGAUUUGCUCUACAGACUUGAUCACAAUGGGAAAUGACUCUCUUUUUUGACAACAAACUGCUACAAAAGAACUGCUGCAUAAGGUUUUCAGAGUUAAGUUGGGCAGAGGAUUUUAUGGGGAGUGUCUGGGGUUCAGAGCUGAUGGACAUUCAGAUUUAAGAAAUGAAAUCGGCAAGGAACUCAGUCAAAUGAGUGCAGCGGAUGGACUAAGGCAUACAGCGGAGGGGGAUCCCCAAGUUCCAGCUCCUUCAUCAUUUGAAUGGAUGAGUAUAACCAUUGGAUAUCUGUGUAGUCAUGACCAUGGUAAGGAAAAGACAUUACCUUGCCUUAAUUGGAAAAACAAAUUUGAUUUUGCUUGUCCAAAAACUUCCUGGUGUAGAUGUUGAACUGUUAGGACAUCACUUGACCAUAAUCCCAAAUUAGUUGGUUGUGCACCUGCACCCUGUUUGCGGAAAAUCAGUUUCACAAUUUUAGGUUGAUUGUGUCUCGGAUGAACAUGAAAGUUAAUUCGGUGGUGUCUAUAUAAGUCCGGUCCCGUCCCGUGUAGCCAUGGCUGCUUCUCGGAUAAAUUGAAGUAAUCGGGCAUCGAAGUUUCGAGUGGAUGGGAUGAGGGAGCCAUGUCCAUGUUUGGUAUUUUCAAUGAUUUUAUGGAUUCAGCUGUUAUGAUAUUUUACUUGUGGAUGUUAAUGCAAAUGUAAUGAAUUGCCUUGCUUGAA